AUGUCCAAGACAUCUACCAAGGGUGCCGAUAAGGCCGUCAAGGCCAGCAAGGCCUUGAACAAGGUCAAGGAUGCCGGUGUCACCAAGGCUUCCCAGUCCCCCGCCGCCAAGAGCAAGGCUAUUGCCAGCAAGGUUGCCUCCAAGGAGAAGGCCUCCAAGAAGAACAAGAAGAAGGAGCCUACUCCCAGCUCCUCCGAGUCUGAGUCCGAGUCCGAUGAGGAUAUGAAGGAUGCUUCCUCCAGCUCCAGCUCUGAGUCUGAGUCUGAGGAGGAGAAGCCCGCUCCCAAGAAGGCCGAGAAGAAGGUCGAAAAGAAGGUCGCUGCUAAGGCUGAGUCUUCCGACUCUUCCGACUCUGACUCUGACUCUGACUCCGAGUCCGAGUCCGAGGAGGAGAAGCCCGCCCCUAAGAAGACUGAGAAGAAGGCUGCUGCUAAGGCUGAGUCUUCCGACUCUUCCGACUCUGACUCUGAGUCCGAGGAGGAGAAGCCCGCUCCCAAGAAGGCCGAGAAGAAGGUCGCUGCUAAGGCUGAGUCUUCCGACUCUUCCGACUCUGAGUCUGACUCUGACUCCGAGUCCGAGUCCGAGGAGGAGAAGCCCGCCCCUAAGAAGACCGAGAAGAAGGCUGCUGCUAAGGCUGAGUCUUCCGACUCUUCCGACUCUGAGUCUGAGUCUGAGUCCGAGGCCAAGAAGGCCUCUUCCGACUCCGAGUCUGGUUCCGACUCUGACAGCUCUGACUCUGACUCCGACUCCGAGGAAACCCCUGUCUCCAAGAAGCGCAAGGCUGAUGAAGAGCCUGCCGCCGCUGCCAAGAAGUCCAAGACCGAGGAUGCUCCCGAGGGUGCUUCCGCCAACCUGUUCAUUGGUAACCUGUCCUGGAACGUCGACGAGGAGUGGCUCCAGCGUGAGUUCUCCGAGUUCGGUGAGCUCUCCGGUGUCCGCAUCGUUACCGACCGCGAAUCUGGCCGCUCCCGUGGAUUCGGCUACGUUGAGUACACCAGCGCUGCCGAUGCCGCCAAGGCCAUGGAGGCCAAGAAGGGUACCGAUCUUGAUGGCCGCACCAUCAACCUCGACUACGCCGCUCCCCGUCAGGCCAACCCCCAGCAGGACCGUACCCAGGACCGUGCUCGUUCCUACGGUGACCAGACCAGCCCCGAGAGCGACACUCUCUUCGUUGGCAACCUUCCCUUCAGCGCUACCGAGGAUGCUCUCCACGAGGUCUUCGGCGCCCACGGCUCCGUUCUCGGAAUCCGUCUCCCCACUGAGCAGGAGACCGGCCGUCCAAGGGCUUCGGUUACGUUCAGUUCUCUUCCAUCGAUGAGGCCAAGGCUGCCCACGGUGCUCUCAACGGCCACGAGCUCGAGGGCCGUGCCGUCCGUCUCGGCUUCUACUCCCCGUCCUGCCGGUGGUGACCGUGGUGGCUUCGGCGGCCGUGGUGGUGGUCGCGGCGGUGGCCGUGGUGGCUUCGGCGGUCGCGGCGGUGGUGGUGGUUUCGGUGGACGUGGUGGUGGUGGUCGCGGUGGCCGCGGUGGCUUCGGUGACCGUGGCGGCCGUGGUGGUGCCCUUAACAAGGGUAAGGGCUCCAUCCCUGAGUACAAGGGUACCAAGGUCACCUUCUAA